UGCUUGUAUGUCUCUAAGGGGAAAUGGUGGGGUUGGGAAUAUGGAUGGGAGUGUGAGACAAAAAAAGUAGCCAAGAUUUGAUAAAUCUUUUUUUCAUGAGAGUUUCCCUAUCAACUUGGCAUAUGUGAUAAAUAAAUUAAAAAAGUGUCCAAUAUAAAAGAACUAAGAGGAAAAAUCCCAAAACUCUUCCACCCAUUUAAGCAGUCGUCAUACGCAGUCUUCCCACUCAAUAUAGGUUGACUAUCCCACUCAAAUUCAUUUCUUUAAAUUCCCUAAACCCAUUCAGUUCCAUGCCUCUAUUUUAGUUUUCGCUCAAAGUGAAGAGAGAAAUGAAUUAUUAUUAUUAUUACCAACCUCUAGGUUUCCUCAGAGGAUACACCACAUUUCAUGUCAUAAGAAGCCUCAUUAUCUUGUUCUUCAGCUGUAUAACAAUUAAGUCCAUCUUUUCUCUUCCCAUAAUAGUACCUCUGUCUUUCAGAACAAUCCCACUUGAAGGCCAUUUAAGUUUCGAUGAAAUCCAUCACGCAGCUAGAGAUUUCGGGAAUCAGUACCAAUAUCUUCCUUUGGCUGUUUUAAAUCCCAAGUCAGUUUCCGAUAUUGCCUCAACAGUUGGACAUAUUUGGCAGAUUGGUGCUUCUUCGAGGCUGACUGUUGCUGCUAGAGGCCAUGGACAUUCACUUCAAGGCCAAGCACAAACCCAACAUGGACUUGUGAUCAAUAUGGAAUCAUUGAGACAGGAAAUGCGAGUCUACACUGGGAAAAACCCAUAUGUUGAUGUCUCUGGGGGAGAAUUGUGGAUUGAUAUCCUGCAUAAAACCAUGAAAUAUGGGUUAGCGCCAAAAUCAUGGACAGAUUACCUACAUUUAACCGUUGGAGGUACUUUGUCCAAUGCAGGUAUUAGUGGGCAGGCGUUUAAGCAUGGCCCUCAGAUCAGCAACGUCCAUAAGCUUGAGGUUAUAACAGGAAAGGGGGAGGUGAUGAAUUGUUCGGAGAGUGAGAACGCUGACCUCUUCCAUAGUGUUCUUGGAGGACUUGGACAAUUUGGCAUAAUCACAAAAGCUAGAAUUUCUCUAGAAUCAGCACCAAAAACGGUUAAAUGGAUAAGAGUUCUAUACUCUGACUUCUCAAUAUUCACCAGAGACCAAGAAUAUUUAAUCUCUGCAGAGAAUACAUUUGACUAUAUAGAAGGGUUCGUGAUAAUAAACAGGACAGGUCUACUCAAUAAUUGGAGAACAUCUUUCAACCCACAAGACCCAGUACAAGCAAGUCAGUUUAAAUCAGAUGGAAAGAUCCUUUAUUGCCUUGAAUUGGCAAAACAUUUUAUCCCAGACAGGACUGAAAAACUAAGCAAGGAAAUAGAGAACUUAUUAUCUCAGUUACACUAUAUUUCAUCCACACUUUUCCAGACAGAAGUCCUAUAUACAGAAUUCCUGGAUAGGGUUCAUGUAUCUGAGAUGAAACUAAGAUCAAAAGGCUUGUGGGAUGUCCCACAUCCAUGGCUCAAUCUUCUUGUUCCAAGAAGCAAAAUAUAUGAUUUUGCAGAUGGAGUUUUUGGAAAGAUUUUGAAAGAUACAAGCAACGGACCAAUUCUUAUUUAUCCAGUAAACAAAUCAAAGUGGGACAACAGAACAUCAAUUGUUCUUCCGGAAGAAAAUGUGUUUUACUUGGUGGCAUUCCUUUCCUCAGCAGUUCCACAUUCCACAGGAAAUGAUGGAUUGCAGCAUAUUCUAUCUCAGAAUAAAAGGAUUCUUUCUUUCUGUGAAGCACAGAAAUUAGAAGUAAAGCAAUACCUUCCUCACUACAAAACACAGGAAGAGUGGCAGACCCACUUUGGGUCACGAUGGGAAACAUUUGUACAAAGGAAAUCAGCUUAUGACCCUUUAGCUAUCCUUGCACCAGGACAUAACAUAUUUCAAAAGUUAACAUCUGCCUUAUAACAUAGACUAAGUACUUAUCUAAUGAUGUAAAAAGAAGUAAAAAAAAAAAGAAGAAAAGAGUAAAAACUCUUAAGCAUGCUUGACAAUGAGAACUAAUCAAUAUUAGUGGCAUCAUUCAGCAACUGUAAGUAUAUAUACAUAAGUAUAUAUAUAUAUAUAUAUAGAUUGGAUCC